AUGGCCACCCGCACUACAAACGCCAAUGAGCAUGUGGCGCCUCCUCCCGGCUUGCCUGAAUGUUCGCAACCUACCCCCCUCGGCAGACCCGAAGACUCGCCAACUCCUUCUUGUGCGGCCUCGAUAGACGCGGAGGGACUAUUGGACAAUGGCACGAAAUCAGGACGCAAGCGCAAGCUAAAUAGCAUGUCAUCAAGGGGUGUCGCCAAUCUGACUCCCGAUCAGUUGGCCAAAAAGCGGGCCAACGACCGCCAAGCGCAGCGCGCAAUUCGAGAAAGGACCAAGGGCCACAUAGAAGCUCUGGAGCAACAGGUCCGGGACCUAUCGUCACAAAAACCCUACCUCGAUCUUCAAGAAGCUCUACGCCAGAAUGAGACGGUGCGGUCGGAGAACGCAGAGCUUCGCCAAGGGCUCAAGGCAGCAAUGGACAUUCUCCAACCAUUGAUAGCUAAGCCAGAACUAUCAGAUGCAUCUCCUUCUCUAGCUAUACCCACACCCAUCCCGCCCCCUUCGCAAACAUCGCCAUUACCCGACACCGAUCACCUCACCCCGAUUCCAGGCGAUAAAUUCUAUGCCGAGUCUCUUGCCAGUCUCGACACCCCUUCUCCGACUCAUUCUGCACCCACUUUCGGGAGUCGCCGCAACAGUACUAAUGGAUGCCCUCCGUCGACCUCUCUCCGUGUCGCAUGGGACUCGCAACGCCAUAAUAUCACACACGGCCUGGACCUUGGCUCCGAGGAGCGUCUAGGGUUUAAUUUCCUUCUUGGCAGCUCGCAUAGUGUUCCUAAGCUUGACCUGCUUCACGCCAACAGCCCAGAAAACAUCCCAUGCGCUCACCUGAAUCCUUCGGCGCCAAUAUACCCACAUCCCUUGACUACUACCUCUGAACCUGGGCCACCUGCAUUCGCUGCUCCGAUACAAAACUUACCAGCGACGUGUCCUUUAGAUAACAUUCUUUUGGAUUUUCUCCAUAGCCGACAACGCGAGGCGGCUCAAGGCAUCCCUAGACAAAAAUUAGCCGGGCCACCGUACCCGAGUGUCUCCUCGUUGCUCAACCCAGAGAGGAGUGUUUACUCCCAUCCAGUCUCAAAGGUAUUCACAGAUAUCCUGCGCACCUUUCCGGACCUCUCGACUCUGCCGGUGCAGGUUGCCGUGCUCUACACCAUGUUUCUCCUCAUGCGCUGGCAGAUUUACCCCACUCAAGAGAACUAUGAGCGACUCCCAGAGUGGUUAACCCCGCGUCCAACACAAAUUCUCCAUCCACACCCUGCUUGGAUGGAUUACGUUCCCUGGCCGGCAAUGCGUGAUAGGAUCAUUACAAAUUAUCAGAACUACCCGUUUGAGAACUGGUUCAUUCCAUUUACAACUGGGAUGAGGGUCAAUUGGCCGUAUGAAGAUACGGACUGUUUGCUGUCAGCCGGCGACUCGGACGAGCUAGUAAUCAACCCGGUCUUCGAACGGCAUAUGAGAAAUUUGUCCAAUUGGUCAUUGGGGACCUCCUUUGCGGAGACUUAUCCCUGUUUGGCAGACACCGCUCGAAUCAAGUCGACAACACAGCACAACACCCCAGGCGGGCCAGAUCCACCAUGA